UCGCCGCUGUUUUGAUUGAUUUUACCAAUAAGAUAGGUUAAUUCUUAUAAAAAGAAAAAUGUGCGACGGAGAUGCGAAAAUCUGUACAUUGGAGGAGGAAAUUGCAGAAUUGAGGAGAUUGUUGCGUGACAAAGAAGAAUGUUUGAGGGCUCUUAAAAUUGAGAAAACAUUAAGAAACAAGUUCAGUGGAGAUUUGGAUAGAGAUGAGGUGGUGAGAUAUAGCCGACAAUUGUUAAUACCAGAGGUUGGUGUUGAUGGACAGGUUGCUCUGAAGAAGGGAAAGGUUUUGAUAAUUGGAAUCGGAGGUCUUGGUUGUCCUGCCUCAUUGUAUCUGGCAUCAGCUGGAGUUGGUGAACUUACUCUAGUUGACAAUGAUGUUGUGGAAAUAUCAAACUUACACAGACAGGUUCUGCAUGAUGAAUCAACAGUUGGUAUACCUAAAGUAUUAUCGGCAUGUGAAAAAUUGAAGAAGAUUAAUCCCAAUAUUAAAUUGAUACCCAAGCAAUUGCAUGCAAAUAGUGAGACAGUAAAGUUGCUCCUUGAAGAGAAUCAGUUUGAUGUGGUUAUUGAUGGCAGCGAUAAUGUGGCUACACGCUAUUUGCUGAACGAUGCUUGCGUUCUGAAUGGGGUGCCCUUAGUUUCGGGGAGCGCUUUGCAAUUUGAAGGACAAUUGACGGUCUACAAUUACAAGGGUGGUCCUUGUUACCGCUGCCUGUUUCCGACUCCGCCCCCACCGGAAACCGUCACCAGUUGCGGCGAUGGCGGAGUCUUAGGUCCAGUCCCAGGAAUGAUCGGAGUAUUACAAGCACUGGAAACGAUCAAAAUACUAACGAAGUCGGAGGGUGUCGUGGCAGGACGUCUGAUGACUUUCGACGGUGCCGAUUUAACAUUCAGGAACAUCAAACUCCGACCGAGGAGCGCGACGUGUGCUGUCUGCGGCGACAAUCCUACCGUCAAAGAGUUGAUCGAUUACGAGCAGUUCUGCGGAUCAAGGGCCGACGACAAAGUCCACAAUAUAUCUAUUCUAGGUGCAGAUGAGCAAAUUAAACCGGACAAACUCGAUGAACGGUUGCUAAUAGUGGAUGUGCGGCCGGAGCUGGAGUAUCGGAUGUGUCACCUUCCUAAUAGCGUUAACAUUCCUUACAGCAAAAUCCAAAGCGGAAAGGCUUUGGAUGCAAUCGCAGAGUCUCUCAAUAGAAAUGGACAAGAAGUGUACGUGCUCUGUAGACGGGGAAACGAUUCACAGAGGGCGAUAGCUGCGCUAAAACCACACCUACCUGGCGUAAAACUCAUCAACAUCAAGGGCGGCCUGCAUUCCUAUUCGAAACUAGUGGACGACCACUUUCCCGUUUACUAGGGUCUUCUAAUAAUCACGAGAAUACUUUUUGGGUUUAUAUUAAAGGAUGAAUCUAUUACUAAACUAAAGCAAGACAAAAAAAAAAGAACAGGUGUGGUGAAAACAGAACAAAUGAUUACACGCCCUCCCCUAAGAGAAAAAAUAAUAAUAUUAAAUAGGUGCACUGUUAGUGUUUUGAGCAAUAAUAAUAAUAGAAAAGAAAUAUCAACGAAACAGAAACAGCGGUUUCACAUAAUUGAAGAGAA